CCGAAAUAAGCCUAGAUUAGUGACGUGCAUCCUGAUUGAACUUGCUGCAACUUGUGACCAUCAACCUCGCCAUCGUAAUGCUGCUGCACUUUCGCCCGACACUGCGGUACUUUACCAUCAUCGUAUCCAUGUUGUAAGAUACAUGUAUGUUGUCUGUGCAUCAGACAUCGCCCCUCGUUGCGAUCCGUGAGCAGUUGGGCAGGCCGAUCGCUGACGGACGCAUCGGCAGCCCUUGCGAAUGGGUCGGUCACGUCUGUGGCUCUCACGCAAGCGUGCAUCGACCAGAUCGAAGCCACAAAGCGCUUCAACAUGUUUGUCGCGACGACGUUCGAUUCGGCACUGGCACGGGCCUCGGAAUCGGACGCACGGCGACGAGAUGGGCGCGCGUGUGGACCGCUGGACGGCAUUCCUGUCGGCGUCAAGGACAUCUUUUGCAUGCAGAAUGGCGUGCCCACGACCGCGAGCUCCAAGAUCCUGCAAGGUAUGUCCGUCUUGAUCGAUGUUUGAUCCGUCCAUCACGACGACGGGACGACGCAGGCUUCGUGGCACCCUACGAGUCAACCGCCACCCAGCGCCUCCUCGACGCCGGGGCCAUUCCAUUGGGCAAGCUCAACAUGGACGAGUUUGCGAUGGGGUCCGGCACGACGUACAGCACGUUCGGCCCAACGAUCAACCCGUGGUCGAGUGACUUGGGGGACCGGGCGUUGGUCGCCGGCGGCAGUUCCGGGGCCAGCGCCGCCGCGGUCGCGUCCGGAUGUUGCUUUGCCGCGCUCGGGUCGGACACGGGCGGCUCCGUUCGACAACCGGCGGCGUAUUGCGGAGUCACGGGCCUCAAACCCAACUACGGCCGCAUUUCUCGGCAUGGCAUGAUUGCGUUUGCCAGCUCGUUGGACACCCCCGGCAUCCUGGCCAAAACCAUUCGCGACGCAGCUAUUGUAUUGCAUGCCAUUGCCGGACCAGAUGGCCACGACUCGACGGCCCUUCCUGACAAGUUGCCAUCUCAAUGGGAGCCAGCAUCAGAAACCGAUGCAACCAACACAAAACAGUUGACGGUGGGUGUGCCCAAGGAGUACUAUGUCAAAGAACUGCCCGAGUCGAUUCUAAAAGUAUGGGACCAAGGCAUCGAGUGGCUACUGCAAUCUGGCGUGCGGGUGGUGGAAGCCUCGCUCCCGACUACAAAGUAUGCACUGCCGACGUACUACAUCCUAGCUUGUGCCGAAGCCUCGUCCAACUUGUCACGCUAUGACGGCGUCCGCUACGGCUUUCGCGCUGAAUUGAACAACGAGGCUGCUGCCGCCGCGGUCGCCGACGCCUCCAACAACCAAGCGAACGCAUUACAUGACUUGUACUGCCGCACGCGAUCCGAAGGAUUUGGCGACGAAGUGCAGCGCCGCAUCUUGUCGGGGACGUUUGUCUUGUCGGCGGGUGCGUUGGCAGACUACUACGAACGCGCUGUGCUCGUGCGCCAGACCAUUCGCGACGACUUUGCCUCGACGUUCGAGUCGGGGAUUGAUGUGUUGUUGACCCCCACAACGCCGUCCGGGCCGUUUGCUGUGCACGGCAAGGCCAACCCCGUGGACAUGUUUAUGAACGACAUCAUGACCAUUCCCGCCAGUCUCGCGGGGCUCCCGUCCGUGUCGGUGCCCGCGGCUGUGCUGGACCAAAUGCCCCUGGGACUGCAACUCAUUGGCGCCCCCCACCAAGAACACACGCUGCUGCAUGUGGCGCAUCUGUUGGAGCAACGUGCAGACUUUUCCCGACACAUCCCCUUGCGUGUGUUGACAUCGGCGCGAUAAGAUAUACUGACUGGACGUACACUAUACGUAAAGUGAACGGUACAUAAACACUUACGUUACGUACAGUGGUAUAGUGAACGGAGAAUUGAAGGUUGAAGCUCAAACUGCACCCUCUACUUUCGUUGCGUAAAGUGACGUCGGC